AGAACAUGGCGUUUCAUUUGUCCCCCGAAAACGGAAAAUGCGCCCAAAGCAACAGCCCAGCUGAAGAUCUUCCACGUUUACACAUCCGAACUCCUCCUACAGAAGCACACAACUGACUGCACAAGCCUCACUCACAGCCAACAUUUUCCUAAAAAUGGUACGGGGGAUUAAUUUGAGUUUAUUGCUGGCGACUUGGUUCUCCGUGGACUGUAACCCCGGGCCUAUCGAUGAUAUUGCAGUCGAUCGAUACUUCAUUCCUAAGCGCUGCAUCAGAGAAGUGAAAUCAGGAGAUUUCGUACGGUAUCACUAUAACGGCACUUUUACUGACGGAAAACUGUUUGACUCUAGCUAUGAUAGGGGGACUGCAUUCUUUGGACAGGUGGGCCAAAAGUGGCAGAUUGCUGGUGUGGACAAAGGCAUUCUGGGUAUGUGUGUGAAUGAGCGUAGGAAGAUCACUGUGCCCCCCCACUUGGCCUACGGUAGCCAAGGAGCAGGUGAUAAAGUGCAGCCAGACACAACAUUAGUGUUUGAUCUGGUUCUACUGGACAUUUUUAACAGGGCAGACCAGGUUCAGACCAAAGUCAUCAGUACACCUAAAGAAUGCAAGCGUUCAGUCAUGAGGACUGACUUUGUGCGUUUUCACUUUAAUGGCACAUUGCUGGAUGGCACUGUGUUUGACUCCAGCCACAAGCGUUCCCAGACGCAGGAUUCAGUGGUUGGGGAAGGUUGGCUCAUAAAAGGCUUGGAUGAAGGGUUGCUGGGCAUGUGUGUGGGAGAAAUACGACACUUCAUCAUCCCCCCAUUUCUGGCAUUUGGAGAAAAAGGAUAUGGCACAGAAAUCCCUCCUCAUGCAUCAUUAGUGUAUCACAUUCUCCUGGAAGACCUCCACAACCCUAAAGAUGACAUUAUUGUGGAGGUCGUGGAAGCACCUGAACCAUGUACACGCAAGUCUGUUGCAGGCGAUUACAUUCGCUACCACUACAAUGCUUCCUUCCUCAAUGGCAUGACAUUUGACUCCAGCUAUCAGCAUAACCAGACGUACAACACAUACAUUGGAAUGGGCUACAUGAUCUCUGGAAUAGACAAAGGCUUGCAGGGUGUGUGUACAGGAGAGAGGAGAAGAAUCAUCUUGCCGCCUCAUCUUGCAUAUGGCCAGCAGGGGGCAGGCAAGGACAUUCCAGGUUCAGCCGUGUUGGUCUUUGAUAUCCAUGUGAUAGACUUCCACAACGUCAAAGAUCCUGUGCAUGUGGAGAUCACACAUAGACCUGAGGUGUGUAAUGAAACCAGUGAGGUGAAUGACUUCAUUGAGUACCACUACAACUGCUCACUGCUGGACGGCACGCUGCUUUUUACAUCGAGGGACUAUGACACCCCACAGGAUGUGGUGCUUGGAGGGGGUAAAAUAAUUGAUGGCCUAGAUGAGGCUCUUAGGAAUGUGUGUGUAGGAGAGAGACGGACGGUCAUAGUGCCACCACACCUUGGACAUGGAGAGAAAGGAGCUGGUAUUGUCCCAGGGAGUGCAGUGCUACGGUUCGAACUGGAGUUGGUGUCCCUGCAGAAAGGGGUUCCUGAAGGCUACCUCUUCAUUUGGCUCGAAGAAAGUCCAGUUCAGCUAUUUGAGGCACUAGACAGCAACCAGGACCAACAGGUCCCUUUAGAGGAGUUUUCACAGUUCAUCAAACAGCAGGUCUUAGAAGGAAAAGGACGUCUUAAACCAUCUCAGGAUCCAGAUAGUGUCAUCAGGGAUAUGUUCAAGAACCAGGAUAGGAACACUGAUGGUCUGAUCACUCCGGAUGAGCUAAAACUAAAAGUGGAUGAAGACAAAACACGCCAUGAAGAACUGUGAAACAUGUUCACAAAAGCAUGUGAAUGUACAUGCAUUCAGACAGAGAACAAAGCAACAGACUCAUCAUCCUGAGGCUGAAAACCGGACCAACUUGCUUUCCAGUAUUAAAAGUUUGUACAUUUGAUGGUCACAUAUUUUUAUACUCCUAAAAAUGUUGGAUCUCAAAAAUGCAUUUGUGCCAUUUAAUAAAAUGUCCAAAACUUAAGUACUUGCAAACAUUUUAUUUUGAAAUAUGAUGACUACCCUUACAAAAAAGAGAAAUGUAUUCAAGUGUGCUAUUAGUUUACUUCUUGUGGACUGAAAAUAAGAGAAAAUACUUGUAACUAAUAAUUUGAUCAAGCUAUACUUAAGAAAAUAUAAUAAUUAAAUAGUUAAGUAUGAUUAAUCUAAGGUUUGGAAUAACUAAGAUUUUUUUGUUGUUGUUUACAAAAAAAAAAAAAGUCCCCAAUGCUGCAUUUACUACUGUAUUAAUAUAUUAUGUAGUAUAUGUAAAUUUCCAGCAGCCAUUAUGCCAGUCUUCAGCGUCACAUGAUCCUAAGAACAGGGUUCCUCAAAUCUUGUCCUGGAUGGCUAACGCCCUGCCAAGUUUAGCUCCAACCUGACUCCAAACUCACCUGAGCAAGCUAAUCAGGGUCUUCAGGAUCAUUAGAAAACCAAAGUUAGGUGAGUUUUAUCAGGGUUUAAGCUAAACUCUGCAGGGCAGCGGCCCCCCAGGACUGUAUUUGAGGAACCCUGCUUCAUUCUAAUAUGCUAAUUAUACUAGUAAGUCAGGGGUGGCCAACAUCAGUCCUGGAGAGCCACAGUCCUGCUCCAAGUUUGAUUAAAAAACUCACCUGCUUCUAACUUAGUGUGCAAUGACCUUAAGCGUUACCACAGAGUCCGAAAUGCGUUUUUCCGCAUUCCUCAUCCUUUCCUAUCAAAAUGCAUGCUACAGAUGCAAAAACACAGAAAAUCGAACCUGAUCCGAAUUUUAUGACGGACGAAAGUAAACGUGAUUGACACAACGUGAGGUUGUAUUUAUUUUUUAACGUGCAAAAAUUUCAGACUCAGUGUGCAAUGACCUUUAGACCUUGAUUAGCUUGUUCAUGUGUGUUUGAUUAGGGUUGGAGAGAAACUCUGCAGGACUUUGGCUCUCCAGGACCGGCGUUGGGUAUGCCUGUUUUAAAAUAGUAUAUAAAUUAGUGCUGUCAAGCGAUUUAAUCCCAUCCAAAAUAAGUUUUUGUUUACAUAAUAUAUGUGUGUGUACUGUGUAUAUUUAUUAUGUAUAUAUAAAUACACACACAUACAUGUAUAUGUUUCAGAAAAAUGUUAUGUUUAUAUAUUAAAUAUAUUUAUAUAUAAUAUAAAUUAUAUGAAUAUAAAUUUAUACAAUUAUAUACUCAGCACACACACACGUUAUGUAAACAAAAACGUUUAUUUUGGAUGCGUUUGACCGCACUACUAUACAUACUAAAUAGUGAAGUAAAAGUAUAAUGUUAACUUCACUUGAAAGCCAAGUAUACUUGCAGUAUGAAAACUAACAAGUUUUCCUGUAGUAUGGAUCACAGUAUAGUUGCAGUACAAAUAAAAAACUCAAAAUGUACUACUGUUACUAAGCAGCCAAUUUAGUCCCAAUAAGUACUAAAAUAAUACAUUAAUUUUAGAACACUUACAUGGGGUAUAACGUAAAUAUUCUUGAACUCUAGUUAGAAUGAAGUAUACUUUUUUCUUUUGUUUUGGUAAGGGUAAUAUUUUUUGUUCAUUCAUCCUUUUAUAAUGCUCUUCUGUGAUAGGUGAUUUUUAUGGCUGUAUUUUCAGGGUGAAUGCAGAUGAAAUUAGCAUAUUAUCAUUUGAUAAUAUGCAUAUUAGUAUAUUAUCAUGAUCACUUGAUGGAUGUAGCCGUGCUUAAUUUAUGCUACUAUUUCUGUCUUAUCUUUGCAUUGGUUUCUAUUGGACUUUGUGCAUAUGUGUGUCCACCAGUCACCAGAACUCUGUACAAUUAAAAUGGCAAAAGGUUUGCUCAAUUUGACCAUAUUAUUUCCUAUAGACACUUCUGCAACAGAUCUCAUGUCAAUUUGCACACAGUUGUGAAAUAAUCAUAUUCUAUGUGAAAAUGCCUUGAUUAAUCUAAAAUCAACACUGUAGUACA